AGGAGCUGAAACAGAACCGACAGAAGGAUGAAAAUGCUCCGGUUUCGUAGCCCAAGCAUCCGCUCCUUGGACCAGGAGGUCCUGUGCACGAUCCGGUUACUGGAUGACACCGAGAUCUCCUGCAGCAUCCAGAGGGACACCAAAGGUCAGUUCCUGCUGGACCAUGUGUGUAACCACUACAAUCUACUUGAGAAAGACUACUUUGGUAUUCGGUAUGUGGACCCCGAGAGACAGAGGCACUGGCUGGAGCCCAACAAGCCUGUGGUGAGACAGAUGAAGUCAGCUCACCAGCCGUACACCAUGUGCUUCCGGGUCAAGUUUUAUCCACACGAGCCGAUGAAAAUCAGGGAGGAGCUCACCAAGUAUCUGCUGUACCUGCAGCUGAAGAGAGAUGUCUACCACGGUCGUCUCCUUUGUCCUUUUGCUGAAGCUGCAUAUCUCGGAGCCUGCAUCAUACAGGCCGAGCUCGGGGACUACGACCCGGAGGAGCACCCGUCAGACUACAUCAGAGACUUCAAGCUGUUCCCGAAACAAUCCCUCAAACUGGAGAGGAAGAUUAUUGAAAUACACAAGAACGAGCUCAGGGGACAGAGUGCUGCCUUUGCUGAGUUGAACAUGCUCCAAAGGGCUCACAGCCUGGAGACAUAUGGAGUUGAUCCUCACCCUUGCAAGGAUUUCACAGGCUCCACAGCCUUCCUCGGGUUCACAGCCACAGGUUUUGUGGUCUUCCAGGGAAACAAGAGGAUCCACCUUCUCAAAUGGGCUGAUGUUAGCAAGCUGAAGUUUGAAGGAAAAACCUUUUACGUCAUCGGGGUCCAGAAAGAGUCAUCACUGAAGAAACUGGUGUUGACAUUUCACACCUCGACCCCUGCAGCGUGCAAGCAUUUAUGGAAGUGCGGGGUGGAGAACCAAGCCUUCUACAAGUGUGCAAAGUCAAGCCAGAUAAAGACAGUUUCCAGCAGUAACAUCUUCUUCAAAGGCAGCCGGUUCAGAUACAGCGGAAGAGUUGCAAAAGAGGUUAUAGAAGCCAGCUCAAAGAUUCAGAGAGAGCCACCAGAUGUGCGCAGAGCGCAGUUUGGUCAGAGCCGAAGUUUUAACUCCCUCAGCCAUAAAAACCUCAUCAUUAACAUGGAGCCGCUGGUGCCUGCACUGCCCUCCACCAACGAAUACGAAGAGACGGCCGCAGACGCAGCAGGUGUUGUCGCUGUGAAGGACUCUGUACCUUUGUCUCCACUCAAACCAGCUGCACCUGCAGACACACAGCAACAAAGUAGUGAGGGAAGAACAUCUGCUUUAGGCAAUGACCUGCAACCUUCCCGGGUUUCCGGGGAAACCUCAAAUCUCCGACCUCAGACGCCAAAAGCUGAAGAUGACGUGGUGGAAGAUGACGAGGCCAGUGGGUCUCUCACCAUUUCUGAGCUUGUCUACAGUCCCUGCGCCAGCAUGUUACCCACCCCGGUGGACGACAGUCAGGGAGGCGUCGACUUGCUCUUCUCGUCUCCGGUCCAGAGCCCAGCGAGGAUGCUGAGGGAGCUCCACGCCGACCCUGACAUCCAGGCCCAGCUGCAGGCCGAGAGGGAGCGGGACCGGGCUCGCGAACGCACCCGGGCGGCUGCCAGAGGUGGAAUGGGCGGCGCCCUCGCCAGCAGCCUGCGCCUGCUGUCGUCCAAUGAGAGAUUCAAUGCGUGCGUGCUGAGUGCGGCUCGCUUCGUUGGCGUGGUAAUGGGGAUCCUGCUCGUCACUGUGCCCACACUGCUGCUGCUGUUAGAGUCGGACAUUGACGUGUCGUUCCUCCACGAGAUCCGCCAGACGCCGGAAUUUGAGCAGUUUCACUACGAGUAUUACUGCCCGCUGCGCCGCUGGGUCCUGUGUAGGAUCAGCAUGGCCAUGGAGAACCUCUGGUCGGACUGAGCAGGGAGAAAGAGGAGUCACUGCAGGGGGAAGAAAAAUGUCCCAAAUGUCUUGUCUUAAUGUGUAAUUUGGUCUUAUAUUCAGUUUCAACAACAGGUGAGACAAAAAAACACAGUCUGCCAAUGAGAUGAGAUUACUUCAGUUUAUUUUAAGAGAAUAUUCAACUGGGUCCUCACAAAAUUUCUGUUGCAUAAUUUGUUAAAGAGGCCUGAGAUGGAUAAACUGUCAGAUUUUCUCUAAUCGAAUUUCUCUAGAACAAGUAGAUUGGUUUCACCUCUUUGGCAGCAUAAAUUGGAGUCUUAAAGAGAUAGAAAAGAAUUAUGAUUAUAGUCAUAGGAUCCAAUCACUUGUUAAGACACUUUGGGCAGUUAUGAACUGAAAAGAAAGAACAAGGAAGACUGAGUGUUUGAGAAAAAACACGUGUGGAGAUUCAUGAAAAUAAAAGUUGUAGAUAGAGAGAGAGUCACGAGAGAUUUGAAAAUCAAAAAAAAUACAAAAGAUAACUUGUUUGGUUCCUUUUAAUAGAACAUUUGAAGGUCUGUUCACUCCUGAUGCUGACGAGCGGAUGCAACGACUCCGUAAAUAGGGCUAAGCAUUCUGAUUGGUUCUCGCCUUCAGAGUGGAACCCCUGAUAGGUCAAAGGAGCUGUCAGUCAUGACAGAGUGGGUGGGAACAGCAAGAGAAACGAUUCACUGCAACGCAACAAUAGCCACAGUCAAAGACACAUUAUAUAUAUUUAAAAACAAAAGACAAAUAUGAUGAUCAAUAUCUAUCCAAAUAAGUUGUUUUUAAAGUUUUGUACAUUUUUAUGUGAUCCAGAUCUUUCAGGAAUUUUUCAGUCAGAGGAUCUACUUUGAGCUUGUUUUAAAAUUAAGAGUUUACAAAAGAUUACAAAAAAAUGAAUUUAUUGAAGUUUAUCUGGGGGUGAUGACAAAUUUAAGAUAUUUUUUAAGACUACCGUCAGCAUUUACUCACCCGGUAGCAGCCUGGGGUUUUCCUACAGAGGGGAUAGCACAAAUAUUUUACACAGACCACAGAUAACUACUGUUUCAGAUUAUGUGAUGUCAUUUUGGAAACAGGAGGGCAGCAAAGGAGAGAAACUUUAGUCUGUAUGUGAUGAACUUCUAAAUGUCUUCUGAACUAAAUGUGAGCUCACUAUUUAAGGCUACAAGUGCAUCGUUCAGUGUGUUUUAAAAGAGUUUGAACAGAAAUGCAGAAAUGCCCAAGAGUUAAAAGGUUCCUCAUGAUGAAAAGUUGCUGUGGUGGAAUCGUGAGGAAUGAUAGUUUGUUAGUGGCUGGUGUGCUGCUGGUGGGAGAGUCCUGUCAGUGUCUCAGGGUUUGGAAGUGAACUAUAAAGUUAUAGUCCAACCUGACCGCUGCUGCGUGACACAUAAUGGGACAAGUAAAUCAGUCGUACAAGUCCUUCUCUGGUCAUUUUCUGGUGGAGAAGAAGUUGAUCCAACUGAACGAAUGUGGCACGGUUGGAGUGCAGUUGCAAGUAUUUAACUGAAGCAUUUUAUUCACCAGAUAAUAUUGGAAAUGAUUUGUAGCCAUUUCCAUUAUAAACUGUGAUGGGCUUUGAAUUUAGAUAACUGUUUACUCACUUCACUACCUACAUGACUAUUAUUUCCCAUUUAAAUGGCAGUGACCAACAAGGUAUCUGGUGUGUUCAUAUAUAAAGGUAUGCUCACAGAUAUUCACCGCUGAUAUGGCUGAGGUUCCCAAAAGGGCCUGCGAAAUAAAACGUAUCUUGGAAUAAAAGAGUCUCUAUUCGGUACACAGCUGAUAUAUGAACUGUAGACGUGUUGGUCUUUCAAAGAUAGGUUAUUGUUUUGUACCUUUACAAAGCUACGGUCACAGCAUGGACUUAAACAAUGUCAGCUCAUGACUCAAGUCAUCAUUGGACUGAGGACUAAUUCCUAAAGAGUCCUGUAGCUCUGAUGAGAAAUCGCAUCAGUCACUUUCUGAAACUUACAGCCGCCGGCGUGCGAUUGGUCACCGCGUGUCUCCCGCAGUCAUGUGGCUCAUCACGGAGAAGAGACAGAGAGCUACAGAGAUGUGAAGUUACAUCACAUCAGAUGAAAACAGAUGGGUUUUUUGUUUUGUUUGUUUUGCCCGAAAUGUAGUUCAAUUUGGAUCAACUUUUCAGGAAAGAAAAUGAGUAAUUUAGGUUCAAAAUAACAAAUAUACGUCUAAAAAAAGAAAAGAGGAAGAAAUGUUUCUAGUCACAGCAUAAAAUAUAUCCAUAACCUUCAUACUGUACUUGUCUUGUUAUUAUGUUAUAAUUACUAUCCAAACACUUUAUAUAUUUAUAAGAUUGUAGCUGGAUAUAAAUAUGUGUGUGUUGUUGUAGCCUCAUUUCACUCAACUACAUUUGCAUCCAAAAAUAUUUCCCCAAAUGUUUUUGUGUUAUCAAAGUAUGAUAGUAGCAUAUGAUAUUGUAGUAGCAUAUGAUCCCUCUCCAUACAGGAAGAUUUCUUAAAUAUGAUACUUAAGAAAUCUCUCGAUACUCUUCGGCUGCUACAGAGGCCUUUGCAGUGCACAUCACUAUCGAAGCCCUUUUAUUACAUAACCGAUCACAGUUGCUGCCUCAUACUAUCAGCUCUAUUGUCCUAGAACUCUGUUAUGAAUCAACAAGCUUUAUGCAUGAAAAGAAAAUAGAAAAAUAGAAAACAGGCAGGAACAAAAUAGUCACUCUAAUGAGGGACAAAGCAUUUAUUUUCCUACUACAGCAACGCUGAAACACAGCGAAGGGCCAAACCACUCUGACGACAGUGUGUGCAUUUAACAUCACACACUCCGAGCUUCACCGGAGACGAGCAAGCUAAUCUAUUUGCACUGCUACAAGAUCCCCAUUAUCACAUGAUUUCAUCACCAACUAUCGUCUUACUCAGCGGUUGAUCCCCCAGUCUGCACAUGUAGUUUUCAAAGUGUUAAAAAAAAAGAGUUUCUCUUUAAAGACUUCAUGUACACAGCUGUACGGACAAAGUUUGUUCCCGGCUUUGUUCUUUUAUUUCUGUGCUCUGUCCUCCUCUAACAUGGCGGAUUUCUUACUCUGACUUCUCAAUGCAAAUCGCAUGCUCCCAUCUGUAAAUACUGUGCUUAUAGUUGUGGCAAAAAAAACAAAAAACGGUCAAAAAUGUCCAUCCUUCCUUCCUUUUGUGUGUCUUGUCCUUUCAAAGCGCUCUAGAUUUAGGCCCGGCUGUCUUGAUCAUCUUAGAUGAAUGCAUGUUUCUGUGUUUAAUCCAAGAUGAAGAAGAGGGAAAUAUCCAUUAUAAUCAUUGGCUUGACAAGACUGAAUUCAUAUGGUCGCUAAUUAUGUUAGUUUCCUUUGAGCGGAUCUAAAAAAAAUCGCUUCUUGAUGUCUGCUUGGAAAAGAUCAUUUUACAACCUAAAGCCUAAUUGGUUAGUUUCAUUGCGCUUGUGCUGUGUGUGUACAUCAUUAAAGGCAAUGUCCUAAUACUGACACCCUAACCUCAUUGCUAACAGAGCAUGCUGUUAACUGAUGCUAACCGAUGAACAAAAGGUCUUUUAGUUCUGUCAUCUCACAGAUCUUUGGCCUCAUGUCACACUGUAGCAUAUAGUCUGUAGCUCAUUUAUCAGUUUAGCCUUUAUGAGUUUGAUUCAGAGAUUUAGCUCGUGUUUUGAGCAAGCGAACUGGAGCUCUCGUGUUUUACAUUUACAUGUUGACCCAGACUGCAACUUUUCUUGCCUGUACGUACUUAAAACUGUGAUUAAAAACAUCAUCAAGAUCACUCACCAGUGGAUGUCUAAUCUGAGGGUUUACUGUACUACUACGUUUGUGACAUGAGUCAAGUAUUUACAAACCUUAAAUUAAAUUACAUGCCUGUAAUUAUCAGUAAGGAUUUUUUUUAAAUGCCUCGCAGACAACAGAACAACAGAAAUCAAAGCUGUUUAAAACUGAUACACAAAUAUUGUUUUUGCAAGAUUUAUUUAAGACGAUAAAUAUUUGAACUCAGGUCUACGAUUAUGCAAACUGUUUGACAUCACAUGGUAAAGGAGAAAAAUAAGCUGUUGUUCAGCAUAUUAAAUCCGUGUUGUGUAGGCAUGUACAGUAGCAGAUUCUCUUGCAUGGUCCCUUUUUUUGUUUUUGAUUGUUAUUCAAAUUGGCUUGUUGUUUUAUUUGUUAGAUGUAUUUUUUUUCUUUGUCAUUCAGUCUCUUUUAAUAACAAACGUUGAGAGAUAUAAUAUAAGAAGAAUAAAAAAAAUGUUAAAAAGAAAAUCCCUAAAUAAUGACUCAAUUUUCUCCUGGGACAACUAAGCCUUAUCAACUUUGUGAAGUACAUUUUUUUGAAUGUUUGUAUAAAAGAAACAAAUUGAUUGUUUUCUAUGUUAAUACUGCCAUAAUAAAGCUCCCUAAUGAAUAUAUAUUGAAA